GAAGAGGACACACCUCAGCUGCCUGGGACCAAAGAGAUCCAGGAGACUGUCAUUCAUUUACCUUUGGAGGCUUCACGUACAGUAUUCAGUUUUGGUUACUGAAUUAUAAAGAAAGAUGAGCACCCUAAACAAACGAAUCCAAAACUACAUGUUGGAGAGGAAAAGGCAGCGGACCAGAUUAGUGACAAAGGACGGUCGCUGUAACAUUGAGUAUGGAAACAUCAAGUAUAGCACCCAUGUUGCCUUCCUGAUUGACUUCUGGACCACCUUUGUAGAGAUCAGGUGGCGUUUUGUCCUGUUUUUUUUCAUUGCAUCUUUCACACUCAGCUGGUUUCUCUUUGGCCUGCUGUGGUACUGGAUUGCCCGAGGUAAUGGAGAUCUGACAUGGCAAGAGCCCCCUUCAAACCACAUUUCAUGUGUUUACAAUGUUGAUGGACUCACUACAGCCUUCCUAUACUCACUUGAAACCCAGACAACUAUUGGGUAUGGCGGACGAGCAAUCACAGCUGAAUGCCCUGCUGCCUUGGCCCUUAUCAUCAUCCAGUCCCUUCUUGGAGCAAUUAUUAACUGCUUCAUGUGUGGAAUCAUCCUGUCCAAGAUCUCUUUACCCAAAAAGAGGGCCAAGACCAUCACCUUUAGUGAGAUGGCUGUCAUCAGUCCCUUAAAUGGUUCCCUCUGCCUGUCCAUCAGAGUGGCCAACUUGCGCAAGACCCUGAUGAUUGGAAGCCAGAUCUAUGGCAAGCUGUUGAGAACAAUUACCACACCAGAUGGUGAGACAGUUAUCAUGGAUCAGGUGAAUGUUGACUUCCUGGUAGACGGUGGGAAGGACAACCUAUUCUUUGUAACUCCUCUUACAUUGCAUCACAUUAUUGACAAGAGCAGCCCUUUCUUUGACAUGGCGGUGGACACCCUACAUGAGAAAGAGUUUGAGCUUGUGGUCUUUCUAGAUGGAACAGCAGAGUCCACAAGUUCUUCAUGCCAGGUACGAACCUCCUUUAUUCCCCAGGAGAUCAUGUGGGGCUACAACUUCUUGCCAAUCAUCUCCAAAAGCAAAGAGGGCAAAUACAGAGUCGAUUUCUCCAACUUCUCCAAAUUGGUGCCAGUAGCCACCGCGCAUUGUGCAUAUUGUUACCACAACAUCAAAGGAUCCCAUCUCCAUUCCAGAGAAGGACAUGACAACCCGGGCUUUGAGGUGAUUGAAAUCGACAAUCUCCCCAAUGUCAUCAAUAUGUGAAACACUAAAUGAAUUCCUGAAGGACAGACAGUUGCUGGAGGCACAGCUGGAUAACCCAGUGACACACAGCCUAAUACCUCAUUUUUAAACUCGAGUCAGAUAAACCAAUUGAUUUGUUAUUCUUUUGUCUUCACCACAGAUAAGAAACAUGUUGGGUCAGGGCACUCAUUGUGAGUUUCAUAUGUGUUUGCAUGUAAAACCAUGCCUGUGACUGUCUGCUGAUAAAAAAAACAGUUUUCAGAUCGGAGGUCAGGUCAUGUUAGCAUGGUUAAUUAACACAAAGCUUCACUCUCACUGGUGACCUUUGGUAUUACAAAAGCUCUUUAUGUCUUUCAUUAAAACAUGAAAAACAUCUGACAAGUCACAGAAGAAGCAAUGUUUCUAAUAAUCAACAUUGGUUGUUGUACUCAAAGCGAUAUGUUGACUUGAACCAGUUUGCUAAACUGUUCAGAUAUAAGCACUAGCGAAAGGCUGACCUCCUCGGCCCAUCUUGAGUGAUGUGGUUUUGUAUUUCUUCACAAAUAAGCAUAGUAUGAAAGAACAUGUCUCUCUUUACUAGGCUGCAUGCAGCAAGCUCAGUUAUAUUUGUAUGGUCUU